UGUUUUUGUUCACCAAAUUAAGUAGAUAACUUCACAUAUCAUACUUAGGGUUCCAAAACAGAAAAACCAAAGAUGAGUUUGAUUACGAGAACUCUUUUCUUGAUCGCCAUGGUUGCAUGCUUUGCUUCAGUUGCUCAUGCUAUUGCAGGCCAAGCAACUUUCUACACUCCUCCCUACGUUCCAUCAUCAUGUUUUGGCUUUGAAGAUCGUGGGGUUAUGAUUCUAGCAGCAAACAGUGGUUUGUUUGCCAACAGAGCUGCAUGUGGAACUAGGUACCGUGUUACUUGCACCGGUAGAACCAAUGAUGGUGUUCUGAACCCAUGCACAGGAAGAAGCGUUGAUGUAACUGUUGUAGAUCUUUGUCCCGGAUGUGCAGCAAAUCAAGUUGACCUUUCCCGAGAGGCGUUUGCUGUGAUUGCUAAUACGGAUGCCGGGAGAAUUAACAUUGAAUAUAACCGGAUCUGAUUUAAUAAAAUACGUGCACAUUCAUGCCAAUAAUCAGUUCUCUUUUGAUCAGUUUGGUUUGAAAUAAAUGAUACUCAAGGGAAAAUAAAGCAUAUGCUUGUAUACUUUUCGUGGCAAUGUAUAUGUUGAAUAAAUAUUUUGCAUUUAGUUAUAAAACAUUGCUUUUCCUUUUGUACGAA